AGAGUGCAAAGAUCUCUCCGCGAGACUGGCGAGAAGUCGUGCAUCUCAAAACCCGGGGGGGGUGUUUUUUGUUUCACCUAGUCCGAUUUGAUUCCAGCCCUGGGUCAGCAUUGCAUUUCUCCCAUCCACCUUUGAUGGCUUUUUCAGGUACGUGUAACUCGACUGGGCUCGGGAUGCCGAAUGGAACUGGCCAGGCCCAGAAGGCUUAAAAACAUUUUUAGAGCCUUCCGUCGAGGUGAGGCAACUGGAUUUGCCCCAAACCCCGAAUUGUAUAGAAUAGGUCCUAUGGAGAGUAGAGACCAAUGUGAAACCCGAGCAGAACCGACAGCGGGUCUCCUUCGGGAGGAGCAGAAGAUCAAAACCAAGGCUACCGAAAGAACCAAACCAACCUCCUGGUACUUCCACCUUUGGAACAGCUUAUCUGUUAUAAGGGAGACGAGAACGGAAAGUAGUCGCAGUUUCUUCCGGUGGUGACCAAAAUACUCCAGAACCAGUCCACUUCUGGAGGAAAAGGAGAACUCAGGGCCAUCUCCCAACAUGCCAAAAACAUUUUUGCCAGAAGAAUAAUAUGCUAAUACCAAGAGAGCUGAGUGGAACCCACCAGGCGACAACAGACGGAGAGUUCAGAAUCCAGGCACAAUAGGAGCGGACACCCAUUCAUUAAUUGGACCUAUCCCAGGAUCAAACCCAAGGGAAAGAAGAGAAGCCGGAAGAAACCGGAGUGGACUGAAUGGGCUCCAUCGUGUGGGGCAAAAGCUGAUCGAGCUGGGUGGCUGGUCAAAUAAUAAGCCAUUCAUUUGAGGGGACUGGCUUUGGUCAGCCUGGCAGGUGUCCCUACAUGUAGAGCCACCAAGCUGGAAGGGAGUUCAAAGUAGACCAAUAACAGAGAUGAACGAGCCAAGUGAGGCACGGACACAUGCUCCCACUGCCAGUGUUCCCAUGGACAGCAGUGUAGUGGCCAUAAUCAUAGCUACCACAGUUUCUUCCUCCAUCUUCAUCGUGGCCAUUUUGGUGCUGCUGCUGCUUUUGUACCACCGAGACCCUCUGUGCUGCCAAUUCCUGUGCUCUUGCCGUUUCUUCCAGAGCCCCAGUCAGUAUGAUCGUCCUCCUCCGUACUUCAGCAGCAACCAGCGUCUGGUGGGACCUCAGUCUGGAACACAGCGCCUGGAGAGUGUUGCUGAAAAUCCUGCCGUACAGGGAGACGAACUAUUCUGCGUUGGACCCCCCAGCAGUUAUCAACUCCCACCAUGGGAACAGCCACGCCUCCCAAGCUAUGAGAGCGUCCGGAAGAAGGAUCGCCAGCGGGAGAUCCACCAGAUGAUUGCUGAAAGGUUUGGCUUGUGGGCGGAGAUCUCCCAGGAGUUACCACCACCCUACGAGCAGGCCCUGAGGUAUCCUGCAACCUUAUCAGGAACUGGAGCGGGUUCAGAGUUGUCAGCUGGACGGAGCUUGCCGGACAUGCUCCAAGCUUCGCCCACUUAUCAUACUCAAAGAAACACGUCGGUUUAGACUGGACAUCGGUCCCACCCUGCCUCAUCCCUUCUCUGUAACAGCAGAGUUUGGGCCGUGGCUUUCAAUUUCCACAGCACAGUUUGCCCACCCUUUCGUGAUGCAACAGGAGCUGAAUGAAACUCUCCAGAGUCGGCACAAAGCCAGCCAAAUCCCCUAUUCCCCCCCCUUUGUUUUUACUAGUAUUACAGUAUUGAGAUGGAUCCUGGAAGUUCUCCAGCUCUGGAACUGAGCCUAAGGACAACUUGACAAUGGCAUAAAUUGCUUGGAAAAGCUUAUAGUCUCUUAUUUUUAAACCCCCCCCCAAAGUCUGUAGGAACUUCCAUCAGGGCAUCAGGGAGAGCCUAGAUGCAGGGAAUCCUCUCAUGCAGCAUAGAGGGUACAGGCUGUUACCUCAGGGGUACCUUCUUGCCCUAGGAAUCAAAAAGCCAAGUAGAGACCCUACAGGGAUUUCAUUCUGCAGGGUCAAACCCAAAGCCCACCAGGCACUCCCCUUGCCAUUUUGAAGAGACAUCAACACUUCCUACUCAAAGAGCACCCUUGGAGGAAGCCCUGAUGGCUGUUACAUUUGAAAAAAAUAAUCUCCAUGGGAGCUGCCAAACUCACAAAAGUAUUCUCAGAAGGAGGUGGUUUCUUUUGUCUCUGGUCAUCUUAUUGUCACUGAUCGGGGAUGGUGGCUUCAAGUGACAGAAUGAAUGUAUUUUGCCCUCUGGCUGUUUCCAUCAACCUGCCCCUGCCUGCUCCUUGGACAAAUUCCACUGGGAUUGCUAUCUUUUUUUAAGGCUGCAGGGCAGCUUUAUGAGUCCAAAGAAAAUAAAAGGUUCAGCAAAGGGCAGGAUCUGGAGCUCCUGCAGCGAAUUCCUUCCACUCUUGGGAGUCCAAAACAGCACAAGGUUUAGGGCCAAGCCAUAUAACUGAGAAAGGGUUAAGUGCGGAGACGAGGAGUCUUCCCGCAGGAGGGAAGAAGGUGGUGAUAACUGGUAGCUAUCUAUCGCUCCCAUCAUUGUUUACUCCCCUUGAUUGUCAGUUGGAGCUCAGACAAUUUUGAUAAGCUUUAACACUGACUUUUGUUAUUUGGUUGUGGCGGGGAUUUUUUUGUACGUGACAAAGAAGCUUUAAAAUGUUCCUAAUGCCAUUGUUAAAACUAAAACAAUUCUGAUCCAAAAAAAUGUUUGGGGCCUGCUCUCCCAGUACAACAGUGUAAGCAUACUGAAAUGCUUUUUUGAGGUAGUUGGCCAUAUUCCUUUCAGUGGAAUUGACAAGGGCAGCAGUGACUCUGUUUCAUCCAGAUUUCAACCUAUAGUUAAAGCUGGGGGAAGACACAACGCUAAAUGUGCGAGAGAAACAGCCCUUGAGAAGCAUUCUCUCCACUACUGCAUCACAUUCCCUUCUUCCCUCAACUAGUUUGUUAACCACUGUUAGCUAAGCAGGGUUUACCUUAAACCAGCAUCUGACUAGUUUCAGAUUCUGUUUUAAGGGAUUGGCUUUAACUAAGGCUAACAAACUGCUGAACUGUGGUUAAAAGAAAAGGAAAUGGUUACAGGAGGGCCCCGCUUACCAGUGCUUCGCUUCCCGGCGUUCCACUAAUGCAGCGGCUUUCAUUCCCCGUUUUAAAGCCACUAUUGCGCUUUUGCGGCAUUUUCACGUGACACGCCCCAUUAUACUCGAUGGGGUUCCGCUUUACAGUGAUUUAAGCUUUACGGCAAUUUAAGAUUUACGGCAGGGGUCCGGAACGGAACCUGCUGUAUAAGCGGGGCCUGCCUGUACAGGCAGGGAAUGCAUAUCACCAUGGUUGGUCUUGUUUCUUAACGGCAUUCAAGGAGCCCCUUACAUGAAGUUUGCUUUGAGACCAGCUUUUAAAGAAAGAAAGAAUACAGGCGGGCCCCGCUUAUAUGGCAGGUUCUGUUCCGGACCCCCGCCGUAAAGCAGAAAUCGCCAUAAAG